UAGGCAGAAACAGUCACUCUCAAAAGUUCCGUUGUUCGCAGAUCGCAGAAUCAUAAACAGUAAACAUUUGGUGUUAAAGGUUAAGACCAUCGGUUUAGCAAAUUUAGGAGCCAUGAUCACCGAACUGGGAACCAUCGUUUUGUCAGAUUUGUCGGACGGAAAGAUGGACGCCAUGACAACAGAAGCGACUGUCACUCCAGCAAAGAAAAGGCAAGCCGAAGAAAUGGGGUCUGAAGGGAUAACCCCCAGAGAGAGCUGGUCCGAGGAGCGGGUGAGAAGAGCCGCCAAAAAGUUCCGAGUGGAGUGGAUGAACGAGACGUACUUUAGGGACUGGCUUCGUCCUCACCCCACCGACGAGACUUACUGCAUCUGCAUUGCCUGCGACAUCAAACUGCGGUGCGGAAAGUCAGAGCUCGAAAAGCAUGCGUCAGGGAUGAAGCAUUGUCGGAAGAUGGAUUUAAUGAAAGAGAAUCCAAACAACAGACCGCAGUUGACAGCAAUCCUCCCAGAGGGCUCGCUCUCCCAGGCUGCUGAAAGGGUUUUAUGUGAAGAGAAUGGGACCUUCUUUGUGACUGCUGGGGAGGAUUUCGACGCAACAGCUUUGAACAGUGUGGAAGCAGUUACUGCCACUUCAACAACAGAUGCAAUACUUUCCAAGGCUCUCAUCAAACUCUCUAAAUAUUUGGACGGUAAAUCUGAUGCUGAUAAACGGAAAAUCCAGAUGGCUGAAACUGAGCAUCACCGCCGCAUGCAAGUGCUCAAUAAAGAACUUGAGUUGAGAUCAAUUGAAGUUCUGAUCAGGCAAGCUGAGCUGCAGAAACUGAAUAACUGUGCACCAGUCCAAGGGAAACAUUCUAACUCUAAAGCAUCUUCUGUGAGAGACGAUAUUUGUGAUGAUGAGGAAGAGGAAGAUGUUGGACUUUAAUAAUAAUUUCUUCUUUGUUUUAUUUCUAUUGUUUACUGACUGAUUCCAUUUGUUGUGUUAGAGGGAAGUAGAGCUGCCAGCUCAAUGAUUGUUCACCAAUUAUACUAUAAAUUAAUAAAAACCACAUCUUAUAACACACCCAAAAAGUGUA